AUGGACCCUUUUCAGGAUCCAUUAGAGUUAGAACAAUACAAAAGAAAGCUAGGUUUUGAUAAUGCUCUGGCCAACUAUUCCGGGAAAAUUUGGAUUUUCUGGAGGGAGGACUGGGAGGGCACCUUGCUGAUGGAUUCCAUACAACACAUAUCUAUGAAAUUCUGUAAAAAUAAUAGGUCUUUCAUUAUUUCAUCAGUAUAUGCUAGGUGUAAUGCGUUGGAAAGACUGGAAUUAUGGGAAGAAUUAGAAGGUAUUGCAGAAGAUUGGCAACUACCUUGGAUGGUUGGGGGUGAUUUUAAUGUUAUUAUUAAUGAGGAAGAGAAAUUGGGAGGUCUUGAAUUCACUCAACAGGAGGCUACUGAUUUUGCUCUUUGUAUUAGUAGUUGUGGGUUAACUGAAGUAAAAUUUUCAGGGAGUAAAUAUACUUGGUGGAAUGGACGAAUAGAGGAAGCUUGUAUUUUCAAGAGAUUGGAUAGAAUUUUAGUGAAUGCUUUGUUCACAGAGGAAUUUCCAUCUAGUGAGGUUCAUCAUUUAAUCAGACAGGGCUCAGAUCAUGCUCCUCUUCAUGUGAUUUGUGAUACAGCAGAGGAGCCUGUGCAAAUUUCUACUGUUGAGGAUGUGAUUAAGGUUAAGGAAACUCAAUUGGAGAUUUUCCCUACAGUACAAAACAGGGCGGAGCUGAGUAGAAUGGAGGCAGAAUUGAGAAAAUACCUCAGGAUCGAAGAAGAAUAUUGGAAGCAAAAGGCGGGAAUGAAAUGGUUUGUGGAUGGAGAUAGAAACACUAAAUUCUUCCACUCUUAUGUUAAAGGAAGAAGGAAGAAGUUACAUCUAGCUGAGAUAUGUAAUGAGCACGGGGUGAUGGUGAAGACAAAUCAGCAAAUAGGGCAAGCAGCCAUCAGUUUCUUUUCUGAGCAGUUUAAGGCAGAGGAGACAUCUCAGGAUUACUCAAUGUUGAGACAUAUCCCUAAACUGGUCACAGAAGAAGAAAAUGAAGAAAUGAUAAAGCUUCCAACACAAGAGGAGAUAAAAAAAGGUGGUUCCUGCUGGGAAAUCGUCGGAGCAGAUAUCACCAGACUAGUGAUUGCAUUUUUUUGUGGACACACACUGCCAAAUUUUAUUACUCACACCAAUCUGGUUUUAUUACCAAAGAAGGAGGAUGUUAACAACUUUGCACACAUGAGGCCAAUUAGUUUGAGCUCCUUUAUUAACAAGAUUAUAUCGAGAUUGGUGCAUGAUAGAAUAGUAGACGUGCUGCCCAAGAUUAUAUCUCCCACCCAAUCAGGUUUUGUGAAAGGAAGGAGUAUAACUGAAAAUGUUCUUUUGGCACAAGAAAUAAUUAGGGAUAUUCAAAUGAGAAAUCAGCAUAUUAAUGUGGUUGUGAAGUUAGAUAUGGCUAAGGCGUAUGAUAGAGUGUCCUGGAUAUUCCUGACAAAGGUGUUGCACAAGUUUGGUUUCUCGAAGGUAAUUAUAGAUAUGAUAUGGAGACUCAUCUCGAGUAAUUGGUAUUCAUUCCUCAUUAAUGGCCAGUCAAAUGGUUUCUUUCAGUCUUCUAGAGGUCUUAAACAAGGUGAUCCAUUGUCCUCAACAUUAUUUAUUAUUGCAGCAGAAGCUUUGGCGAGAGGUUUAGACAGCUUACACAGUGAUAAAAAUUAUAAAGGAUAUGGUUUGCCAAAAUGGAGCCCAGCAAUAAACCAUCUGUCAUAUGCAGAUGACACAAUAUUAUUCUGUUCAGGGGCUAGAUCUUCAGUGAUUAAGAUGAUGACAGUGAUAAGAGAUUAUGAAGAAAUAUCUGGUCAAAUGGUUAAUAAGGCUAAGAGUGCUUUCUAUCUUCAUGACAAGACACCCUUAAUAGUGCCAAUCAGAAUGAGAAAACUCACGGGAAUAAGACAAGGUAAUUUCCCAUUCACUUAUUUGGGAUGCCCUGUUUUUUAUGGAAGGAAGAUCAACAGUCACUUCGAAGACUUGGUAAGGAAGGUGGCUCGAAGAAUUUUGUCUUGGCAAAAUAAAUUCCUAUCAUUUAGAGGUAAGUACAUACUUAUUAGUCAUAUUCUUCAAUCAAUACCGGUUUAUCUUUCAUCUGCUAUGAAUCCCCCCAAGAAGAUUAUUGCACAACUACAUCAGAUCUUCGCAAAAUUCUUUUGGGGCAAUACAAGCAAUAUAAAUGGAAAACAUUGGGUAGAUUGGAGUGACAUGUGCUACCCUAAGGCGGAAGGGGGUUUGGGGUUUCGAUCUCUACAUGAUGUUAAUAAUGCCAUGUUUGCCAAACUAUGGUGGAGAUUCAGGGUGUCUAUUUCUUCAUUAUGGAGUAACUACAUGCGCAAUAAAUAUUGUAAGAAAUUACACCCUACAGUGGUUAGGAAUUCUGCAGCUUCUCAUGUGUGGAGGAAAUUAUUAGUAGUAAGGGAAGAGGUGGAACAUGAGAUUUGGUGGCAAGUUAAAGCAGGGAGUUCAAGUUUCUGGUACGAUAACUGGACAAAACAAGGAGCUUUAUUUUUCACAGAAGGAGAAAGUGCUGGGGAAGAGGAAUUAGAGGUAAAAGAGUUUAUUGGAAAUGGAAGUUGGAAAAUAGAGAAAUUGCAGGAACAUAUAUCAGAGGAAAUGAUAUGUCACAUAGUUAAAAACAUCCAGCCUAACACUUAUGCUUUGAAUGAUAAGCCGUGGUGGAUGGGAAAUUCAAUAGGAGUUUUUUCGGCCAAAUCAGCUUAUCACUUACUAAGGAAUAAGAGAGACAUCAUUGACUGGAUGAGUUGCAUUUGGAUUAAAGGUUUACCUCUUAAAUUUUCUUUCUUCUUAUGGAGAGUGUGGAAGAAAAGAAUUGCAACAGAUGAUAAUUUGAGGAGAAUGAGGAUGCAUAUAGUAUCUAAAUGUUACUGCUGUGAUAAGGGGGAACUGGAAACCAUGACACAUUUAUUACUAACAGCUCCCAUAGCUCAAAGGCUAUGGAAGCAGUUUGCUUCUUGUGCAAGUUUAAAUAUUGAUGGGAUUCAUCUACACCAUUUACUCAUUAAAUGGUGGAAAUAUGAAGGAAACCCAAAAUUGCAGCAAAUCAUGAAGGCCAUUCCAACCAUUGUCACAUGGGAACUAUGGAAAAUGAGAAACUCAAUUAGACAUGACAAGAAGGUAUCGUUUGAUAAAAUGUUCAGUCAAUGUCAGAUGACAGUUCAUCGGCUCAUAAAAGCCAAUUAUCCAUGGCUCAAAAACAUUCCUCUUCAAUGGAGUGGGAUGUUUGAUUUAUUGCAAAGAUAUAGGCCCACAUUAUUUUAUCAUAUUGUGCGAUGGACAAGGCCAAAAGAGGGUUAG